UCAGUCUGUCGGAGUCCUGUGGCUGGACUGCUGCGCUGAGCUUUCCUUCUUGUGAUCAUGAAAGGGUUGGCAAAAACCUCAGCAUAAAGGAUGACACAGUGCCUUACAGCAUCAUGCUAGAACAGAUAAAUAACUGUAUUUUGAAGAGAUGAUGCUGAAUGCUGCUACGUGCUGCUGAGACGGAAGACGCAGCUUCAUGGAUCUCUGGAUUCAGCUGACAUUUCUGGCAAAAUAGAGGAGCUACAUAAGAGUGAGGAAGACACACCUUUCACGACAAUACCUUUAUCUACAAUGGUUAACAAAAAAGUUAUCUAAGCAAUUUUAAACACAAGGAAGAAACUUCCUCAUCCAUUUAGUAAUGGAUAACUGCCACAAUAACAACGAAAAUGAAUUUCCUGAGGAGUUUUGCCCUGAAGAAAAAAAAUGAACCAAAACAAGGCAUUUGUUAAAUUGCAGCAGCUUUGCUUUUGCGUUUGCCUGAUAGCUGCAUCUUUUUAAGUGAAAGCUCACAAAUUAGGUUGCAAUCCAUUUACAGGAAACAUUGCCAUCCCUAAUCUUAUCUCAUACCUUGUAAUUGCUGUAAUAAAAUAGUCAAUUAUAAAACACGCUCAUCCCAAACAUUAAAAAUGAGUAAUCUCACUGAAGAGCUGAAGGAAAAUCAUUCUGAAUGUGUCCCUAAUGCAGAGGUAGUCACCAAAGUUCUGCCCACCAUGUACACAAUUGUCUUCAUUGUGGGACUACUGCUUAAUGGACUCAAUCUAUGGAUAUUCUGCUACAUUCCCAGCAACAGAAGUUUCAUUGUCUACCUGAAAAACAUUGUGAUUGCCGAUCUUCUAAUGAUCCUCACAUUUCCAAUGAAAGUAAUCAGCGAUGCAGGAUUUGGGAAUGAGCAGUUGCGCGUGUUCGUCUGCCGCUACUCCGCAGUUGUUUUUUAUCUCAACAUGUACAUUGGAAUCAUAUUCUUGGGCAUUUUGGGAUUUGACAGAUAUUUCAAAAUUGUGAGACCAUUCAACACCUCUUCAUCUCUUCAGAGUGUUUUCUAUAGCAAGUUUAUAUCAGCACUCGUGUGGACAUUUAUGGCGUUUAUUACAGUCCCCAAUAUGAUCCUAACCAACCAAGAAUAUGACAUGACAAAAAAAGUCAAUUGUGCCAAGCUCAAGAGCGAGCUCGGCAUAAAAUGGCAUAAGGCUUCAAAUUAUAUCUGCAUUGGUAUAUUCGUGCUGGUUUUUUCACUGCUGCUUAUAGUUUAUGUUUCAAUCUCAAGGAAGAUAUACCAAUCCCAUCAGAAGUUUAGAAGAGGUUCUAAUGCUGGCAGAAAGUCCACACGCAAUAUAUAUAGCAUCUUGGUCGUAUUCUUUAUCUGCUUUGUUCCGUAUCACCUAUGUCGAAUUCCAUAUACAAUAAGCCAGACAGGAAAUAGUUAUUCUUGUCAAGCCAAAAAAAACUUGUAUUAUGUCAAAGAGGUGACUUUGCUUCUGUCGUCUGCAAAUGUCUGUCUUGACCCUGUCAUUUAUUUCUUCAUGUGUCAACCCUUCCGACAGAUGCUAUUUAAGAAGAUGGGUAUUAUAAACAGACUUCAGGAGACAGAAAAAGCGUCAUGUAAAGUUUCAUCCUCACAACCAGCAUUAAUAUAAGGUGCAACCCAAUGGAAGAUGAAGACAUUCAGUAGCAAGGAUUGAAUCAUUUCAUAUUUAUUAUUUACCGUAUAUUGUGCGUUGCAGCCUGUUGAAGGUUUUGCUAUCAUGUUACGAUAAUGCACUGAAUUUUUAUCGUGAGAAAUUGGAGUCCAUAGUAGAAUUUGUGGAAAAGCUAAGGCCAGACACAUCUGUAUGAAAUCAGAGGCACCCAAAGGUUCCUUAUUACAGAUCCUCAGCCAUGUGUAUGAGUUUUUAGAGUAGUGAUCUCCAACCUAUGGCUCUCCAGAUGUUGCAAAUCUAAAACUCCCAUCAGCCCAGGGCAUGAUGGAAGUUGUAGUUUUGCAAAAUGUGGGGAACAUUAUCUUGGAGGGAACCAUGAAGUAAUUCACUUUUAAGGAUAAACUGGCCACACCAGAUGCAAUUUCUAAGCCGUGUCCCUCAAAAGUGGUGCAAGUCUGUGAUGUAACGGAAAUGUUUAAAGCUACAGUUAUCAUUUUAUAGGGCUAUUUGUGUUAUAGUAGUACUGCUUCAUACUGUUUGCUGUAACCUCAUGUACUAGUGUGUACAAUGUUAUGCCCCUAAAUUGUGUCCUUUGUUGUCUUUAUCCAUCAAGUAGUUUUCAAGGAUAGAUGUUUGGACAUUGUUAAUUACUUCAAAGGGUCGUCCAAAAAUGUAAAUCUAUCCACUAUCCCAGGAUAGCAGAUAAGUGUCUGAUCCAUGGUGGUCUGACCUCUACAAGCACUACCAGUGAUGGGGAUGGGGGUCUUAUGCCUCUUGCAUGAAUCAAGCAGCUGUUCAGCAUUUCCCCCUAUGGGAAACAGCGUUCAGCUAUCUCUAGCAGACCCACAGAGAUGAAUGGAUUAGCAGCAGGCAUGCUCAACAGCUGCUUGAGUCAUUCCAGGGGACACUGGACCCCAUCCUCCCGACUGGUGGAGGUCACGGCAGUAAGACUCCCUCAUGGCUCAUACAUUUAUCUACUAUCCUGUGAGGAGGGGAUAAGUUCAAAUCUAGGUAUAUUUGCACCAAAGUAUGCUAUUUCAUAAGAUUCUUUAUUUUCCAAAUGUUUCCUUCAUAGGCUGGGCCUUUCAGUAAAUCACUUAUAAAAUGGUCACUGGUGGACUAAGCUCUUUUACUUCGCAAUGUCUGGACAUGAUAUACUUAAUUGGAGAAUUGGUGAAAAUAUUGAUGAUGAAUUAAAACAGCCAGGAGCUCAAAAAUAUAGAGACUGAGCUUGUGCACUGUAUUGAGCGGACUGCAGCACUUGGUUCUUCCUGGAGAUGCUUAAGGGAAUCGGUCACCUGGUUUGUGGUCAUUGUGAAGCCAAGAAUUAGGGGUUUAAAGUCCCAAACCUGCUCAUAGCAAACCCAUCCAGCCCAGCAAAAGAAAGUAAAUGAAGUUCAAACUGGGCAAAUAGCACAGGACUCUUCUCCAGCAUGGACACUGCAUCAAUGAAACUGAGGAUGGUGUACCUCACUUUACUGAACAUGUGCACCAGGAUCUAAAACCUCAUCUGCAUAAAGGGAUGCUGAUGGUUUAGCGGUUGGUUUGGUGGCCCCAAACAAGGUGACAAGUUCCCUUUAAGAAGACAACUGGGUCGAUUUAAGUACGUGACCCAACGUUUUUAUCAGGCUCUCUUUCUCCUGUUUAUGCUACGGCAAAAAAAAACUGGUGACAAUCAAUGGUUAGAAGAGUAUCCAAGGGUCAUAGGUUUUAUAGCUUUCAGAAACCUGUCGUUAGUCAUGUGAAGGAAAAUUGCAUUUACAGCAGAGGUUGUCUACACAUAAACAUUGAGGACACUGCUAUUAGAGAAGUGAUAGCGGAGUCUUAAUGCCAAAAUGAACUACAUGUUUUCUACACAUCCAGCAUUUUAGUUCUCUACUUUAGAAAAUGAAGAUAUGAAGCAUGAAGUGAGGUGGAGGGAUCACGGAGUCAAUCUUCCAUUGUUUACAGUGUAAAUGAGCAGAGCAAUUUAAGGGUAAACACCCGCUGAACAGAAAGGCUUUGCUAGUAGCAGCUAGGAGUGCUUUGUUUUGCAAGGCUCUUGUGCUUCUUUGGUCUUUACCGUCAUAUAAAAGGAAACAGGUCCAGAACAAACACAGCUGUGGAAGACACAAAGCUAGCUGCGCGCUCAUUGUAGGGAGAAGAUUGCUAGAAGUUACGGUUUUCUACUUUUGAUAGAAUUUUGAGACCUCCGGUGACAAAGAAGUUUUGAUUAAAUAGUAAAGGCAGCAAGAUAAGCAUUAAUGGUUAAUCUCUGGCUGACAAUGCUAUGGAACGCAUAUACAACAAUGACAAUAGAUAGUUACACUGGAGGGCAAGAAACUCAUGACUUAAAAAGGGACUAGGAAAUGUACGGUAAUGCAAUCUGCAGGUUUUAGGCUACCUACACACAAUGUGCAUUACGUGUUUUUUCGGUGCAGAUUUUCCUGAAGAUAAACUGCAGCGUAAUACAGUAACAGCAAAUCUUAUGUAUACUUUGUUUUUUCUUAGGUGUGGAAGUCGACGUGCUGUUCGGAUUUUGAAAUCUGCAGCAUGUCAAUUGUUUAAGCAUUUUGCUUGAGCGAAUGUCACCCUUUUCAAUGGAAGGGUCAGAUCUGCAACAAAAUCACAUCAAAUCUGCUCCAAUAAUGCACCAAAAGUUCAAUAAAUAGUGUGGAUUUAUGUUAA